GAAGGCAAACAUUCAGACUAAAGCCAGAUGUGAAACAGAAACAGCAAGAGGAAAAGCACGAGCAUCAGGAAUCCCUUUCUAUUGUUGUUUGGAGCACAAAGAGACUGCUGAAAUGGAGAGUCUUAAGACUAAUAUGGACACACACUAUCCUGAGAGAGUUGUAGAGGUGGGCAGAGUGACUUUUGGAGAAGAGAAUAGGAAGAAGAUGACCAAUACCUCUUUGAAAAGAACAGAGAAUUCUAAAAUCAUCCAUGCUAUCUGUGCACUGUUAAAUUCUGGAGGGGGUGUGAUCAAAGCAGGCAUUGAUGAUGAGGCAUACAGUUACCGAUGCCAUGGGCUGGGGCAAGAUCUGGAAACUUCUUUUCAAAAACUUCUUCCUUCAGGUUCACAGAAAUAUCUUGACUACAUGCAGCAGCAACACAAUCUCCUGAUUUUUGUAAAGUCGUGGAACCCAGAUGUUUUCAGCCUCCCCCUAAGGAUUUGCAGCCUGCAUUCCAAUUUGUAUCAGAGAGAUGUGACUUCUGCUAUCAACUUGAGUGCCAGAAGUGCCCUGGAGCUUCUCAGAGAAAAACAGUCCAGAGCCCAAAGAGGAAGACUGAGGGUGAAGGAGCUGCAUUCUCAGAAAACUCUUGACAGAUACAUUCAGGAGGAGGAAGAUAUGAAGGCAUCUGCCUCAGAAUUUUUAAAAAAGGAGAAACUCAUGUAUAAGGAGAAACUCAACUUUACUGAGUCAACCCAUGUUGAGUUAAAAAGGUUCACCACCAAAAAGGUUGUGCCUCGGAUGAAAGAAAUGUUGCCUCGUUAUGUUUCUGCAUUUGCCAACACUCAAGGGGGGUACCUAAUUAUUGGGGUAGAUGAUAAGACCAAAGAAGUAUUUGGAUGUAAGAAAGAGAAAGUAAAACCUGACUUACUGAAAAAGGAAAUAGAAUACUGCAUAGAAAAAUUGCCCACAUUCCACUUCUGCUGUGAGAAACCAAAGGUGAAUUUCGCUACCAAAAUCUUGAAUGUGUACCAAAAAGAUGUCCUGUAUGGUUAUGUCUGUGUGGUUCAAGUGGAGCCCUUCUGUUGUAUAGUAUUCGCAGAAGCUCCAGAUUCCUGGAUCAUGAGGAACAAUUCUGUCACGAGGCUGAUGGCUGAGCACUGGGUGACCCUGAUGCUGGAUAUUCAAUCAGCUCCUUCCAGUUUGGCUACAGACCACAGCUCUCACCUGAUUUCACCAGCUUCAUCUGCAGUAAGAACCUCGGUAUAUCCCAGAAAAGUCCUGGAAUUUAAGGGGACACUGCAACAGCAUUUCUUUCCAGUGACACAGGAGGAGAUACAAUUUAAACCAGAGUCUCUCUGCAAGAAGUUAUUCUCAGAUCAUAAAGGACUGGAGGAAUUAAUGAAGGCACAGAUAUAUCCUUGUUCUCAGGGGAUUGUGAUAUUUUCUAGAAGCUGGGCUGGUGACAUUGGCUUAAGGGAAGAGCAGAAUGUCCUGUGUGAUGCUCUCCUAAUAGCACUUAACAGGCCCCUGGUACUCUAUACAAUCUUAAUAGACACCAGUUGGACUGGAAGACUUGAAUAUGUCCGAAACACUGCUUAUCAGUUAAAGCAGAAACUGGAAACUGUUGGUGGUUACAUGGGGAAAGUGUGUGUCAUCCCGAGGUUGAUGCACCUGCCCAGCACACCGUAUGUACCCAAUGAAAGCCCUGUGCACUACCCCCAAUCCUACAGGCUUGCGAAUAAGGAUGAAAUGGAAGACUUGUUGCAGGCCCUUGUGGUGAUCUCGCUAUGCUCUAGAUCUCUUCUGAGUGACCAGCUGGGCUGCGAAUUUUUCAACUUGCUCAUAGAAGAGCAGUGCGAGCUACUUUCCAAGAGCCUUCAGGAGACACGGGAACUGUUCAUCCACUGCUUUCCAGGAACCAGGAAAACAGCCCUAGCCAUAAAGAUUAUGGAGAAAAUUAAAAACUUGUUCCACUGCAAACCAAAAGAGAUCCUCUAUGUUUGUGAAAAUGACUCCUUAAAGGACUUUGUGACCCAACAAACCACCUGCCAAGCAGUGACACGGAAAGCCUUCAUGCAAGGAGAGUUCCUAAAGGUUAAACACAUAGUGAUGGAUGAAACUGAGAAUUUCUGCAGUAAAUACGGUGAUUGGUAUCUGAAGGCUAAGAACAUCACCCAUCCAAAGGUGAGGGGGGCUGAAAGUGGAAACCUUCACCAUGGGAUUCUCUGGCUUUUUCUGGACCCUCUCCAAGUCUAUAAUGCAGAUAUCAGUGGCCUCCCUCCUCCAUCAGCUCAAUUUCCUCGAAAAACAAUCACCAAGGGGAUCCAUUGUGCUCUGGAAAUAGCACAGGUUAUGAAAGAAGAAAUGAAGAGAAUCAAAGAAAGUAUUCCCUUCAGUAUGACUAUAGAUGCAUUGGCAUUGUUCAGAGAAGCUGCCUACGAGGAAGCAAUGUGUGCCCAGGCUCUUCCAGGGAUGUGUGAGACAGAGACUAAUGUGACAAAAGAACAAAUAGCAAACCAUGUGGCGGAAAGAUGCCAUAGCCUGUUCCAACGUGGCUAUCUGCCCAAAGAUAUAGCCAUUCUGUGCAAGAGAUGGGAGGAUAGAGGACGCUAUGAACCUGCACUACUGAAAGCAAUGGAAUUAAUUGAGACCCAUGGAGCAACAGAAGUUGUGUUUAGUCGGGCCGCUGGUGUUGGGGGACGUCACAUUGUUCUAGACAGUAUUCAGCAGUUUUCAGGCCUGGAGAGGAAUAUUGUAUUUGGGAUUAGUCCAGAAUGUGCCCUGUCAGAGAAAUUUCACAAGCUCUGCUUUGCCUCCAGAGCUAUUAAACACCUCUACCUGUUUUAUGAAAAGAGGGCAGCCUUUUGAAAAUUAUUAAAAAUGACACAGGAAGCCAGAAAGAGCAGAAUCCCUUCUCCCAGGCAGCUGGCAGCUACUCCUUUUCAUAUAUUACAAGUGAGGAAAUGAAAGCAUGGUCAGUAUGACCUGGAGCCACAGAAAUGUCUCUUGGGACUGACCUUUCUACUCUAUUUGCAGUGCUAUUGGCCUUUUUCUAGCUCACUUCACCUCUUCACUGUACAAUUACAACAGACUUAUAAUUGGUUCUCUACCACCAGUUUUCUUAAAUCCAAGCCAGCCAUCAUCCUGUCACCAGAGAGGUUCUACUAAAAUGGAGAAGCUGAUUUUAUAAAACCCCCUGCUCAUGUAUCUUCAAUGAGUCCCUGCUACCUUCAAGCCAAACCAGUCUUCAAGGCUUUGCAUGAUCUGCCCCAACUUACUCGUAACCACAUCCUUUAUUAUGCUUCCAUCUCCCAAUGUUUCUAACGUACUCCCGAUUUACUGACCUAUUUUUGGUAUGAGGGUAGGGUGCCCUCCAGGCUACUCACUUUGACUGGGUGUCUCAAGGGAAGCACCUUGGUUGGCACCUCAUGCUGGCUAUGGGUCACCAGCUGUACAGGCCCAGAACUUGAUUUCCUCUUUAUACAAAGUCUGGAUCAGUCUCUUAAGGAACCCUGGUGGUACAGUGGUUAAAGUGAUCAACUGCUAACCAAAAGGUCAGCAGUUCGAAACCACCAGUGGCUCAGUGGGAGAAAGAUGUGGCAGUCUGCUUCUGUAGAGAUGUACAGCCUUGGAAACCCUGUGGGGUCACUAUGAAUUGGAAUCGACUUAGUCUCUUGGGGAUGACUUUAUGCUAACCAAGCUCACUAAAGACCAGUGCAUAAAUGAAAAUGUCACUUUGUUAAUUUACAGUGAGGAUUGUAGUAACAAGUGGGCCAGAUGCUUUUGCUAAUCAGUGCAUCCGAUAGUAGCAUAGGAAGCCAAAUUAUAUGAACACAUGUUUGCAGCAAGGAGUGUUGAUAAUCAGAUUCAAAUGUAUGAAGUGUUUAGGCUAUGUUAGACUAUUGCAAUCAUCUCUAAAAUAUGGACAUUCCCUCCACAAGAAUUAGACAGGUCAGGUUUUUAAGCUCAGGUAAAUUUAGAAUGCUAAGGGUGACUAGAUUAUUCCAUAGUCCCUGCCUCAUGAAAAUUCUUUCUCCUUCCUAGUUUCCAAAGUUUCCAGGUUAACCAUCAACUUUCCCUUUACUCCACCCCAACCUAUACACACUUUGUAUACAUUUGUUCUCUGCAUAUGUUAAUACAGUCACCUAGGCUAGAACCUGCUUAUGCUGUGCUGAUGGCCUGACAGAUGUUCUGUCUAUGAAGAGCCUUUGCACAACCCUUAUUUCUUUCAGAAUAAUUCAACGAUCAUUUUAUAGUCCAACUCUCAGAGUUUAUGGGGAGCCUGUACGGAGGCCACCAUCCCUGGGUCCUUGCCUUUGCCUUACCUGUGCCAUUUUCUCAGUCUUUAAACCCAUUUCUGUCCCCACCACCUGUUGAAAUCCUUAUUCACCAGCCGAAUCCCUGUUCAAAUCCUCACUUCCUCAAUUAAACUUUCAUUAACCCCCUAAGUUAAACUUGGCCUCUCCUUUUUAAGCUACCCUAUGGCUUAUUCUUCUUCUUUCAAUAUUAAUAAUAACAUCAAACCCUUACAAACUGUGCCAGAGAAAGAGUGGUUGCCAUAGCAGAAUCUAUGUUACACCCUUCUUUCAUGUCUUCUUUCUAGUGUAUGUGAAAUAUAUUAGAAAUAAAAUCAAAGUUCCCUUUCUCUAGUCAGCUCCCAAAAUGGUUGAGCCAAUCCUAUGCUCUUCAGUACAAUCUUGCUUUUCUGUCUAUAAGGAUUUUAAAUUGCUUUGGAAAUAUUGCUCUUUCCAGAUUGUUUUUAACUUCUAGAAAAGGUUAGUAUAGCUUGAUUGAGUCCAAGGAGGCCCAAAUCCAGGAGAAAGAAUGGAAAUAUUCUUUUGGCUAUAAUUUCAGAUGGGAGAGCAGGUGAGGCUUGGAGACACUUUCUUAACUGUCUUUCUGAACUGCUCAGGCCCACCCAGAGGGGCCAGGCUGAACCCAGUGUCCAGCAUUCUUGGACAUGGAACAAGACAACACCUCCCUUGGUCCCUGAUGUGCUGAUUACUUGGUGUUCCUCCUUUUUAUCUUUCCUUGGGGCCUUUAGGGUACUUUUGGGUGGGAGCAAAUAAAGUUAAAUAAUUAAUUUUUGGUGAAUCAAAUGAUAGCAAUGCAUUAACAUUAUUUGGAUAUAGGGAUAUGUAUACAGUCUAUAAAAAAAUAGUUUAAAGAGUCAAAACAGAGGGAGUUGGAAGUAUGGAUAAGAGUGGUACAGGAACUGCUAUAUUUUAAUCAGAAGC